AUGGAUCGGAGGCGCGCGGCGGGGGCGCUGCUCGCGCUAGCCGCCUGCAUCGCCUGCUCCACGGCGGCACCGAUGGCUAGCAAUCACACAGCGUUAGAUAUGUACGAAGGGACAAUGGAAGGUUGUUAUUAUAACUUCCAGCACUACGGCGAAGGCGAUCGAAUAAUGACGAACGAACCGUGUCUCAACUGUACUUGUCACAACCGAAUGCUUAUGUGCUACUUGAGGGUUUGUCCCUUCACGAAGGCUAUCGGUCAGGAUUGUACCGUAGAAAAACGCGCUGAUCAAUGUUGUCCUAUUGUUACAUGCCCGGAUGUUCCAGUUGACCUAUUGACAUCAACUUCCACAUCAUCUCCAGCUGAAUACGGAGGAACUGGAAUAGGAAAACAAGACAAAUAUGGUUGCAGCAUCAACGGAAGAUAUUUCCCAGAGGGUUCUAAAGUACCACCAACGCCGAACAAACCAUGUGAACAUUGUUACUGCAUUCGUAAUAUGACUACUUGUGUAAUGCAAGAAUGUACCUUACACGUUGAUGGAUGUACUCCUAUUUAUCAUAAAGAUGUCUGCUGUCCUGUGAGAUACUCAUGUGAUCACCCAGAAGAUGAAAUACCACUUUUGGAUGAUAUGACCACAACAGUACGACCUACACCCGGAUUUUUACUUACAACCACCACAUUAGCGCCAGUUACACAAGCAUCUCAGGAUUGUGUUCAUUAUGAUCAAAUAUAUGCCGAUGGAGCUUUAUUAAAAACUGAAAAGCCUUGCGAGCAUUGCUAUUGCAUGAAAGGUGACAUUGUUUGUGUUGUACAAGAAUGUGGAACUCCAAUGGAAAAUGAGGGCAAAAAUUGUACUUCACUUCCACCGCGACAUGGGCAGUGUUGCCCAGACACCUACAUUUGUGAAGUUAAUGAACUAACCCCUGAUUAUACAACUGAACUUACAAAUAAUGAGAUUUUUGAAACGACGUCGUCAACACCUCCAAGAAGAGGAGGAGUAGAAGGCAGUGGUUAUAGAAUUGAACCUGAUGAACCAUAUACCGAUAUGCCAAUUUUUGAUAUAAUAGAAACGGAAGGCAGUGGAGAAGAUCAAUCAGUAAUUGCUAUCGAUGGAUCUGAAACAGUAACGACAGGAAAGCAAACACCAGAUUUAAUAGAUGAAAUGUUCUUAACCACAGCAAAAAUGCCAGUAGCAAAACCUUUUACUAGUACAAUCGAACCUGAUAUUGAACAGACUUCGAUUUCGCAAUUAAGUCCUGAACGUAAAAAACCUGAAAUAUCUGGUGCUGAACAUACAACUCUUUAUGAAAGUAAUAUAGUUACAGAGUCUUCAAAGAUAGAUAUAUCUGUGGAAGAUGGACAAACGACUCAUUCUGAAAACAAAAAAGUGGAAACAACCAUCAAUAUACUGGACGAUAAAGUUAAUAAUAUAGCUACAGAGUCUUCAAAGCCUGAUAUAUCUGCGGAAGAAGGACAAACAUUUGAUUCUGAGAACCAAAAAAUGGAAUCGACCAUUUUUAUACAAGAUAAUAAAGUUAAUAAUAUAGCUACAGAGUCUUCAAAGCUUUAUAUAUCUACGGAAGUAGGACAAACAACUGAUUCAGAAAACAAAGAAAUGGAAUCAACCAUCAUUAUACAAGAUGAUAAAGUUAAUAAUAUAGCUACAGAAUCUUCAAAAUCUGAUAUAUCUUUGGAAGAAGGACAAACAACUGAUUCAGAAAACAAGGAAAUGGAAUCAACCAUCACUGUACAAGAUGAUAAAGUUAAUAAUAUAGCUACAGAAUCUUCAAAGCCUGAUAUAUCUGCGAAAGAAGGACAAACUACUGAUUCAGGAAACAAGGAAAUGGAAUCAACCAUCAUUAUAAAAGAUGAUAAAGUUAAUAAUAUAGCUACAGAAUCUUCAAAGCCUGAUAUAUCUGCGGAAGAAGGACAAACUACUGAUUCAGAAAACAAGGAAAUGGAAACAACCAUCAUUAUACAAGAUGAUAAAGUUAAUAAUAUAGCUACAGAAUCUUCAAAGCCUGAUAUAUCUGCGGAAGAAGGACAAACUACUGAUUCAGAAAACAAGGAAAUGGAAACAACCAUCAUUAUACAAGAUGAUAAAGUAAAUAAUAUAGCUACAGAAUCUUCAAAGCCUGAUAUAUCUGCGGAAGAAGGACAAACUACUGAUUCAGAAAACAAGGAAAUGGAAUCAACCAUCAUUAUACAAGAUGAUAAAGUUAAUAAUAUAGCUACAGAAUCUUCAAAGCCUGAUAUAUCUGCGGAAGAAGGACAAACUACUGAUUCAGGAAACAAGGAAAUGGAAUCAACAUUCAUUAUAAAAGAUGAUAAAGUUAAUAAUAUAGCUACAGAAUCUUCAAAGUCUGAUAUAUCUGCGGAAGAAGGACAAACUACUGAUUCAGUAAACAAGGAAAUGGAAUCAACCAUCAUUAUAAAAGAUGAUAAAGUUAAUAAUAUAGCUACAGAAUCUUCAAAGCCUGAUAUAUCUGCGGAAGAAGGACAAACCACUGAUUCAGAAAACAAGGAAAUGGAAUCAACCAUCAUUAUACAAGAUGAUAAAGCUACUGAAGAUCUGUCUAUGACAACUAAAUCAACUAUUGAUUAUAUAUCUUCUUCAUUGUUCGAUAAUCUUACUUCUAAAGAAGACCAGUAUGUUAUAACAACAGAGCCUACAUUAAGGAAAGAAGAUGAUUUUGAUGUUAUUACUGAAGUUACGACCCAAAAAGAAUUUAAAGAAAUAACUACUGAAAACCAAUAUUAUGGGCAAAAAGGAACUAUAAAAGACGAUCUUGAAACGAUAACCGUUACUACUGCAUCACCUGAAAACAAUUAUCAUAAACUUGAAACUGUAGGUGUACAUGAUAUUGAGAAUUCAUUCCAAACUGAAAAAACUACAACGAACAUUCCUUUUGACGCUUCCACAAAACCUGGAAGUGAUAAGGAUUUCAAAGAAAGCACAAAUGAAUAUAUUUCUUUUAGUACAAUAAAAUCAGAUUUUGAUGAAACGACCAGUGUAAACCCAAUAGAAAAUGAAAUUAAAGAAGAUAUGUCCCUGGUAGUUCCGCAUGGCAGAAUACCAGGAGAAGGAGAUUGUCUACUCAAUGGUAUUACCUACAAAAAUAAUACAACUGUACCUAGCACAAAUAAAUGUCAGACAAGCUGUAGAUGCGUCAGCAGCAUUGUAAAAUGUGAUCCAAUUAUAUGCAGUCCGCCACCAGAAUAUGAAAAUAUAAUGACUAAUUGUCAACCUGUAUAUGACUCAGCUGAAUCUUGUUGUCCUACUUACAUAUGUGAUCAAUCUAAGGAAACUAUUUUACCAGAAGUUCAUAGCCAAAUGUCAGGUACAGAUAACCCUAGACCAGCCAUCACUUAUGCGUGCAAUGGAAAUGAGUGCGAAGAGACUGAAGAUAAGCAAACACCACCACCUAAACAGCACGAACCAUGUACAUCUGAAAAUUGUGUUAAUAUGGUUGGAGAAAAACAACCUGACUGUGGAGAAAACGGAUGCGAAAAUGCAGAAAAAGCUCCCAUACUUCCAAUAAAACACACCGAAGAUUGCGCUGAUGGUAAAUGUGAUCAGGCAACAGCUGUAACACCUUGCGAAAGUGGAGAUUGUAUAACACAAAAUGAAAAUACUGCAAAGGAGGAUCUUUGCCAAACUCAAGAAAAUUGUAAAGACGUGCAAUCUGUAAUAACAGAUGAAAAAUCCUGUGACGGUGGCAUUUGUACUCCUGAUAUAUCUCUUGAAAAUCAAGUUGGUUCUAUUGAACAGGAAUGCAAGAAUGGAAAUUGUAGACGAAAAGAAACAUCGGAAGUUGCACCGAAAUUACCUUCUUCAUUUAAUACUGAAAAUAUAUUAAUAGAGUCAACAACAGAACUUCUUGUUUCUAAAGAUACUACAACAAAGACAAAAGAUAUUUCUUCUAUGAUCACCCCUGAAUUUACCACAACCAAGCCUGAUACAAAAACGGAUACUGUUUUGGAACAAGGAAUGGAUACUUAUGAUACAUCAAGUCAAAUAAUUGACGUUGCAAUUCAAGAAGUAACUACAAAAUACCCAGAAAGUCUUCCAGAUAUAACCGAAUCAGAAUUGGAAAAUUUCACUUCAAUGAAACCCAAAGUUGAAAAAAUUCCCGAGAGUACAACACAAAAUGCAAUAAGUGAAGAAGAACAUAUGACUACAGAAUCGAUCCAUAAUUUACCGGAACCUGCACUCGCAGAAGCAAAUGCAGAAAGUGAUCAAAAAGAAACAAAUAUAUCAAACGAUGAAAAUACUACGUUAAAUGAACAAUCAAAGACUCCCAACAUAGAUUCUCUUUUAACGACUGUGUCUGAUUUAACAGAAACUCCUAAAUUACCUACAACAAAUACAUUAGAAUACACCAUAUUUGAUCAUGAAAAAGAUUUAAGUCUGACAGAAACUCCAAAUGAAAUUACAACGCCACAAAAUAUAGACAUAGAUUUACAAAUAACAAAAACUUAUGAUACUAAGCCUUUAGUCGAACAAGAUGAAAAAGAUAAAGAAUAUUAUGACAAAGAUAUUACUACAACAAAUAUUUUGCAUUUUGAUAGUGAGUAUACCACCGAAACUCCAGUAAGCAAAACUGAAGACACAGAGCCAAAACUGGUUGAAAAAAUGUCUACAAAAUUGCCGGAAUCUUAUGAAUACGCGGAUAAAACAACUGACAGUAAUUUAAUCUAUGCUACAAAGAAUAUAAUAGACCUCGUUGAAACAACUGAGCAGCCGAUUGAUAACAUUGACACUCAAACUAAAGGAAAAAUUUCUUCCGAAGUUUCAAAUGUAUUAACAACGUCAAUCCACGGUGAAAGUACCACUGAAAUCAAUGAAGAAUUAGAAUUACCUGUGCAUGUAUCUACCGAACAAACUCUUGAAUACACUAUGGAAGAAAAAACGACUACAACUACUCCCGAGAUAAAAAAAUAUGAAACUAAAGACCACGAAGCUACGGAAAUGCCAGACUCACAUUUAGUAAAGGAAAUCACAACUAAGAAAACAAUCGCAGAAGAAUCUUUCACUGAAUUACCAGUUACUACUACAAAAGAAACUGAAAAAGAUUUAAUGGAAUCCCUAAAUGGUAGAGGAACUGAAUUACCAGUAUAUGCCGAUGAAAAACAAUCUGAAAUCUCACACUCACACGAAACAGAUCAGUAUGGAACAACAUCAGGAAUUGGAUCUGGUUUUGAAGAAACUCAAACUGAAAUAUCAAAACCCCUCAAUAAGGAAAAUACGUCACAAAGCACACUUGAAGUAAAUAUUAGUACUGAAACGCCUGAGCAUUUUGAAACAGAAACAGUUAAAAUAGUUACAGAUAGCCCUACAAUAAUAUUAACAGAACCAGUUGAAACGGAUAUGGGUUUAUCAGUGGUAAGUCCAGAGAGAGAUAAUAACGAAGGUAUAUCUACUGUAAAUACGUUUGAAAAGAUUACUACUCAAGUACCUGAGUCGUUAGAACACCACCUAUUCGAUAAAAAAGUAGAUGAGGUAAAAGAAAUAGAACCAAUUCAUGAAGUAACUAUACAACCAGGUCAAUUUUCAACAGAGCAAGUUGAAGAACAAACAAAUAUUCAAACUGAUUCUGACUCUGAUACCCAUAAGCUUGCUACAAAACGCCCGCAUAUUAUACAAACAGAUGAAGACAAGCCAACCACCCACGAUAAAGAAUAUAAUGCUCCUGAAUAUGAAACAGAAUUAUCAACGUCCAAAACUUAUACCAAGGUCGAAGACAACGCAGAAACAUAUACUGAAAAUUCCAUUGACAUUACCAAGCAAGCCGAACACCAAGGGUCCGACGAAGUUUAUAAUACAAUAAAGCCUACGGAAAUAUCUGAUAAAAUGUCAACGACUUACAAACAAGAUUUACCAAUUUCGGCGACCACAAUGAUACCAGGAACAUCUUCUGAAAAUAUUCUACACACUUUAGUUUUGAAAGAAAAGGAGGAAGUUACAGAGUAUUCACCACCUUUAGUUACUGAAGAUAUGACAACAAAAGCUACACCAAAGGAGACUUUGAAUGAAUUUACUACAUUGGUCACCCCUACUCACUCAGAAGAAAAGACAACUAAGUCUCAACUUGUAGAGGAAUCAAUUACGGAAGUGCAUGAAAUAACAACAAAAGGUAUAUCUAAAGUAGAAAAAACUACUAUUACUCCUCAUAUUACAGAUGUCACAUUUUCACAUGAUGUAAUAAAUAAAGUAGAAGAAGACAUACACUCAGAAGUGACAACAAUGCAUAAUGCACCUGUAACAGACCAAUCAACUCCUGGUUAUUCAGAAAUUGUGACACAGGAUGACUCUAAAUCACCAGAUUUGUAUGAUGAUACAAAGGCCACGACAGAUAGUUCAGAAAAUCUGUCCUCACAUAUGGAUACUGAAUCUGAAAUAACAAGUGAUCAUUAUAUUACCGCCAUUAAUGAACAGGAAGAAAAAACUACAAAAGAACCAACAAGUGACAAACAAACAUAUACCGAAACACCAGAGAUAACAACAGAAAAUAUUAUUUUAACUUCACAAGAUAAAGAUAAAACAACAGUAAUUUCCGACUUAAGUAUGCCUUCUAAAUCUGAACUAUCAGAGAGUCAAGUCUACAAAGCUCCAGACGCUCCCAGCACACAAGACCAUAUUAAAACGACUGAAAUUCCUAAUGUUAAUACUUUUGCCGAGCAACACGCCAUAACUGAAGAGUCAGAACAAACAAGGAUAACAACACCCUCAGGAAGCAUUCACCUCGAAGAAAAUAUAGAUAAAAUAGAAGAAACUACUGAGAAAGUGAUCACAGAAUUACCUGAAAGGGCUACAGAAACAGAAGGUAUCGAAAAAGUUACUGAUAUUCUUGUUGCCACAGAAAAAAUAGAAUAUGUUACUGAGAAAACAUCGGCGUCCCCGGCAAUCGAUUAUAUAGAAAAAGUGACUGAAACUACCGGACAGUCAUACACUGGUGAAAUUAUAGCAGAAUCACCAGGAAAACCUACAGAUUAUGAUGGAAAAGAUAUACUAUAUUCAACUGGUGCACCUCAAAAAGAAGUAACAAUACCCAAGGAAAUUACUACCGAAGUAAGCAAUGUUCAUGAAAAGCUUGCCGCAAUGACUCCAGAUGAAAAAACUACUGAAGGAAUGUCAAUAAACUUGCCAGAAUCUGAAACAGAAGGUGCAUCUGGAUUAUCGAAAUUAGAUAAGGAAAUGUUUACAGAAAUACCACCACAGAGAGAAACGGAAAAACCGGGAACACUCUCACUAGAAACUAGUACGAAACAACUUCCGGAAUCUCCUACUAUAGAAAAUGAAGAAAGAUCUACUCCAGGAGGAGAAGUUGCUACAGUGAUUGUUUAUACGGAGUUGCCGCAACUUGUCACAGAUAAUAUACGUGAUAGUGAGAAUAUUAAUAAAGAUCAGAAAACAGCAGAAAUUCCUGAAAAUACAGCUACUACUCCAUCUAAGCUACCAGAAGAUAUAGAAAAAGAAACGGAAGUUACAAACAUUCAUUACCAAGAUAAAACGACUGAAAAUCCUGAAAAGUAUACUUUUGAUAGCACAACGCUUGUUUCAGAAUACCACGAUGUAAGAAUAACAACCGAAAAAUCAUUUAAUGUUCCUGCAGAAACUUCUUCAUAUUUAGAAACAAGUACGGAUGAUAAAAAUGACGGAUUAGAUGAUAAGAAAUAUGCCACAUUAUCUACUGAAAUACCAGAAACUUUAGUUAACAAAUCUGUAGACAUGGACAAAAAUAAAAUUCCUACAGAAACUCUUGUAAUGGAUUCUACAACAAAAUCUUCUGUUAGCUUACCUGAUACCAGUAUUACAAAAAUUACAGAAUCUGCAGUGGAAGAAGAUAAAAAUGAUUUAUCUGAAAACCUUAUACCUGUUACCUCAGUUGAACUAAUUAAUAUUACUGGAAAACCAGACCAAGGAAAAACAGUUACUGCAGUACCUGAUUUACAUGCAACACAACAAAGCAUAAGUGAUGUAUCUGAUGACACAACAGAAUUAUUAUGGACUGCCAAAUACGAGACGACGUCAAAACCUGAGGUAGACAAAAUUACGUCACAAAAAGAAAUUCCUGAUAAAGUGAAAGUAUCUUCCAGUAGCAAAGACAAGAUAAGUACUGAUACAACAGAAGAAUAUACAAAAUCCCCAGAGGAGACCUUUACAGAAAUACAUAAAGAUUCUCUGAUAACUGAUCAUGACAUAUUUACUACUGAAAAAUCAAAAGUAACAGAAGAAACAUAUUCGCAUGAAAAUUAUGCCCCGAUCAUAACUACUCCUGAAAGUCCAAAAACUCAUUUAGCAGAAUUAGAAACAAAACUGCCUGCAUUUUUGAGUACGGAAAGUCAAUUAUCUGGGUCUACGGAAGAGAUGCAUAUAAGUGAUGAUGAAAUAGAUAUUACGAAGGCACCGGAAGAAAAUCAAUAUACAACUGAAUCAAAUGCCAUUGAUAAGCACAUAUUACACAAGCAAACAACAUAUCAAGAAACCAUACAAACCGAAUCACCUGCGUCAGUAGUCGUAUCAUCAGAUGAAAGUCAAGAUUCACAUGAUGAAACAAUCAAUCUACCAAAAGAAACUUACCCUGACUAUAUUACCGAAAAAGUAGAUCUUUCUACAAAGUCUAACGUAGGAGUUUCAGUAGAAAUCAAUACAGAAUCAAAUGUUUUAGAAUCUAAACCUAUAGAUGAGACCUCAAAAUUACCCGAAUAUACGAAGGAAACCUCUAAACCUAAAUACGAAUAUGCUGAAUCUACUCCAUAUUUCGUUGAAUUAGAGGAACAUACGCACAAGAGUAUUCAAGAAACUGAAGUUACUCCGGAAGUAUAUCAUGAAGAGAAAACUUCGACUCUUAGCUCAGAAGUUCAAUUUACUAUAAAAGAGCAAUUUGAAAUUACAACAAGCAAGCAAACGUUACUCGACCAAGAAAAGCUAACAGAGGAUUCGAUUAAAGAAACCGAAGUGUCGACAAAAGAAGAUCAAGAGAAAACUACAACUGCCUCCGAUCUUGCUGGAAUAGAUAUUUUCCAUUCUACAUCUGCAGAACAAUCAAUUACAACUGAAAAAGUUACUACAACUACCAAACACACGGCAAUACCAUAUGAAAAAGAGACUUCAACUUAUAUCCCAAUAGAAGCUACAACGGUUUAUGAAAAACAGGAAACGCCUAAAUACGAUGAACAUGUUACAACAACCUCAGAACAAGAAAAAGAAAAAGAAAGCAGUAAAGUUACUUAUAAACCACACGAUUUUGAAGCCCCCUCACAUGAGACUAGUCCAUCUAUAGAGGAAGAAUUUAUUCCUGCAGUAAGCAAAAUUACAACAACAAAGAUUACUGAAGAUGUAACGACCCUGUCACCCAUCCAGUUUGAUAACUUUACAAAACGGGAUGAAAAGCCAAUCGAAGCAGUACAAUCGACACCUCAGCCAGAAUUACCGAAACCUGGUUUCAAUGAAGUUCUACCCACUGAUGAUCUCUUACCUACAGACGAAGAUAAUAAUUUCCCACCUACUGGAACUAGUGGAUAUGGUCAAGAACCUGAUUAUGGAGAAGAAGAUCAAGCAUUUGGGCCCGGAACUUGCCGGUAUGGGGGCAAGGUAUUCGUGUCUGCACAACAAAUACCGAGAGACGAUCCUUGUGAUUUUUGUUUCUGCUUUAGAAGUGAUAUUAUUUGUUUACAACAAAGUUGUCCUCCACCGAUCCAUGGAUGUCAUGAAGAACCUAUUCAAGGAUUCUGUUGUCCACGUUAUGAAUGUCCAGUUUCAAUGGCUACUACGCUCAAUAUUACAACGACGACGACAACAACAACUACAACAUUACCACCACAUUUUCUGCCACAUGCUUACAAAGGUGCAGCACAAAGAAGAGGAUGUCAAAUUAAAGGCCAUACAUACAAAGUUGGAGAAGUUGUACGUGCAUCUUCAGGGCCAUGUUUACAUUGCACAUGCGGAGGAGAUGGUCAAAUGAAAUGCGAUCCAAAGGCGUGUACUCCGGAACCAAUGCUGCGACAAAUGAUAGCAGCCGCAGUAUCGGCAAAGCGACGAAGGUGA